CGGAUGUGGAAGACCCUGGCUGUGAUGGGGGGCAGGGAGGAGCGCUCGGCGCCCCCCAGGCCUCCAGGACACGGAUCAGAGACCGAGCGGAGUGGGAGACCCAUGAGAGAAGGUGGUGCAGUUGGAAGAGCAGAGAAUGAGAACAGGUUAUACUGAUUCCAGUGUGGGUCUGAAGGGCUGAGAACCAGCAGCACCUAGGCCAGGAGAAACCACAUAUGACUUAGAUUGUGCUGGGGUUUUGACCACAAGGACUCCACAGCCCAUGUUUAAUUGGGGGAAAAGGCAUUAAAUACAGGCAAGAGUGACAGGAAGUCUGGGCAUCAGCUGAAAACUGGGACUCUUUUUGAGCUCUCCUACUGCUUUGCACAGAGAGCAGACCUCAGCUUCUGGAAAUUUGAACAGAGGGGGUGCAGGAGGCAGCAGACUAAUGUUUAAUGAACUCCCCUUAAAUUCCAGGUGGGAGUCUGUAUGACCUGCCAAGGUCACAUACUCAUUUUUCUCACUCAUGGAGGAUCACACUGAUUAAAAAGACUGUCUUGGGUCAGAUACGUUCAUUGCACAAUGGAGUCUGCAGCCUCCCUGACUGAGCUCCAGGCAGAGGCCAGCUGCCCCAUCUGCCUGGAUUACCUGAGAGACCCAGUGACCAUUGCCUGUGGGCACACCUUCUGUCAUUUCUGCAUCCGCCAGCGCUGGGAAGGUCUACAGGGCACCUUUCCCUGUCCUGUCUGCCUCUACCACUGCCCUGACAGGAAAUUGAAGAGGAACACCCAAUUAUGUUACAUGAUUGAGAUUGUUAAGCAGAUUCCCACCACAGGGAGCCAGAGGAAAUUAAAAGAAGAAAAACCCCUGUGUGGGAAGCACAAUGAGGUUUUGAAAUUUUUUUGUGACAGCGCCGAGGAAUUGUUAUGUCCUCAUUGCAAGGUCCCCUUAGACCACCAGCAUCACUCCCUGAUACCCAUUGAGGAAGCUGCUGCUAGUUACAGGAGGAAGCUCAAAAGAUACAUUGGGGCGCUGUUGGUGGAGGUUGAAGAUGCUGAAACGGAAUAUGAAAACCAAAUUGCAAAAGAUUUUGAAGUGCAGAAAAAGAUGGAAAACUGGAGGAAAGAAUUGCAGUAUGAAUGUAAAGAACUGAAGUGUUCCUUACAAGUAGAGCACAGUGUACUUAAUGCUGGUCUAUUUAUAGAAGAGAAGGAUGUUGAAGAAAAACUAACUGAAAAUGGAAGGCAAGUUUCAAACCAUAUGUUCAUACUAAACAAGUUUUUAAGUGAAAUAGCACAGAAGUAUUUACAGGCAGAUGUGGAUUUACUCACAGGUAUUGAAGAUAUCUACAAUAGGUAUGAAAAGCUAGAGACCCCAGCAGUGUUUUCAUAUGAAUUAAAGAAGAAGAUUUUCACUCUCCCCCCACAUUACUUGGGCCUGCAUAAAAUGAUCCACAUAUUUCAGGCAGAUUUGACACUGGAUCCUGAAACUGCCCAUCCAAGUCUCAUUAUCUCAAGAGAUAGAAAAAGUGUGACCUAUAGGACAUCAGUUGGUCUUUCUAAUCCCCAGGCACACACUUCUUACCCAGCUGUGCUGAGUUCUGGGGGAUUUGAUGCUGGCAGGCAUUUUUGGCAGGUAGAAGUAAGAGGUAUAGGUGCAUGGUCCUUUGGUGUGUGUAAAGAAUCUUUCCCCAGAAAUACUCCCAUAAAACCAUUGCCAAGCAAUGGCUGCUGGCAAUAUAAGCAGCGGGUUGGUAUGUUUGGCCUUUUAGGACAUCAUAAGAUUGGCAUUUUUCUGGACUAUGAGUUGGGAGAGGUUUCAUUUUAUAAUUUGAGUAACAGGUCAUACUUGUUUGCAUUUACUGACAUGUUUUCAGAGAAACUUAUGCCUUAUUUCUCCAUUGCAUCUUCUCCAGAAAGUCUUACAAUCAGUAUCAUCAGAGUCUAGUGAUGAACAAUUUGGAAGAAAUUUUGUAUGUGCUUAGUUUCUUCCCUUGUUAUUGAAAAGAAUACUUAUAAAGAUCCUGAUUCCAGUUUUGAUUUUUGAAUGUUGAAAGCUUUAAGGACUCACCCUUCUCUCCUCCCUAACCUUACACCUGAGAAAGCUAAUGAGAAAGUCCGGGUGCUCUAUCCUUGGGUGCAGGGGGGAAGUUCCAAUCAAGCAAGUUUCCAUCAGUGUCAGCAGGCUCCCAACAACAGCACCCAGUAACCAACAUGAACACCACAAGCUAGACCCCUUUCCCUGUGCUCUCAGUCAUUUUGGGACCUAUUCUAAUAUCCACCCUUCUCUCCCCUGAAAACCUCAUCAUGUGAGUAAUAAACUUUUCAUAUUCUUCUGAUAUGUUAUCAUCAGUGUGAACAUUUGAAACCAAUUUUGCAUGACUUCCACCCUGCCUAUAUAAGCUGGUCACCACCAUUGACAUUGUGAGCAGGAUUUUCCAGAUAUGAAGCCCCCCACCAGGGCGUCCUCCUCUGGCUUUGUGUGGUAACACACCCUGGUUCUCUAGGCAAGGGUGUCCUUGCAGAUUGUGCUGCAUUUGCUGAGUUUUAUGGAGGCUGUGUUGUAGAUUUGACUGACCUAAGUCAGAAGUUUCCAUAAGAAACAUUCUAUUGACUAUUAUUUUCCAUGUAAUUUUUUGGGGAAUUCUAAUCGUCUUGCUUUUGUCUCCUGUUUUAUAAUAUUUUUCCUGUUUUAUAAAAAUUUCAUGUUCAUGGCCCUAACCAGUUUGGCUCAGUGGAUAGAGCGUCGGCCUGAGGACUGAAGGGUCCCAGGUUCGAUUCUGGUCAAGGGUAUGUACCUUGUUUGCGGGCACAUACCCAGUAGGGAGUGUGCAGGAGGCAGCUGAUUGAUGUUUCUUUCUCAUGGAUCUUUCUAACUAUCCCUCUCCCUUCCUCUCUGUAAAAAUCAAUAAAAUAUAUUUUAAAAAUGUCAUGUGCAAGGCUGAGCAAAAGCAGGUUGACAAUAGUGUUACAAAUAUGUACAGUAAUUAAUAACAUAAUACGAGAAUAAACUUUUGCAUGCUAACAACUGUAAACAUACCUUUUUAAAAAUUCUCACCUGAGCCUAGAUGGAAUAGUUCAGUGGUUGAGCAUCAACCUAUGAACCAGGAAGUCACAGUUUGGUUCAAUUCUCAGUCAGGGCACAUGCUCAGGUUGUGGGCUCAAUCCCCCAGUAUGGGGUGUGCAUGAGGCGGCCUAUCAAGGAUUCUCUCUCAUCAUUAAUGUUUCUAACUCUCCCUCCUCCUUCCUCACUGUAAUCAAUAAAAAUAUAUUUAAAAUAAAGUAAAAUUCUCACCUAAUGAUGUUUAUUGAUAUAUAGAAAGAGGAAGGGAGUGAGAGCUGUGUGUGUGAGAUACAUCAAUGUGAGAGAGAAGCAUCUAUCAGUUGCUUCCUGUACUCACCCUGAACAUGGAUUGAACCCGAAGCCUAUGUGCCCUGACUGAGAAUCAAACCUGCCCACUUUUUGUUGUAUGACAAGACAUUCCAAGGAACGGAGCCACUUGGCCAGGGCAAUAAACCUACAUUUUACAACCACUGUAUGACCUGUAAAGGUCACAUGCUCAUUUUUGACCUUAUGGGAAAUUGUCAACCUUUGAGAACAUGCUUCUGUGUGGAUACCUGUAUGGUAUUGUUUACAAUGUUUGGAAAUAAAGUUUUA